GGGUGAGUAGUGGGAGUAAUUUUCUGACUGUCAGGAGGAGAAAUGGCGGUGGGCUGGUCGAGAGGUGGACCAGGCGUACCAGUCGCAGGCGAGCGACUCCAUCUCUUUUCCGCCGUGUCAAGAGCCGAGCCGCUGCGUCAAACCAAAGUCAUGUGAAGGGCUUCGGGCGUCGCAAAUGUCCAGCUGUCAGACCGAACGCGAGACCAUUCGAACGAAUACCAGACGGGUACAGGACGGAUACAGAACGUACCAAGACCCUCCAGCAAAACCUUCCAGCCUCUCGACUCUGGCUUCGAGCCUGCGCACCAGGAAGGAUGUCCAUCCACUUGCCACAUCGUUCCGAGGGGAGCCCGUAGGCGAAAAGAGCAAAAGAAUACCAGUGACACCCCCAACAAGGACAAGAGAAGGGAACGAAAAGGAAAUUAACCGCACCAGGCCGGGGUGGUCGACUUCUUUACGUGGGACGAUCAGGGCUUGACCGCCCGGGGCCCUCAUCGAGCCAUCGACGGGUCAGGCGGGCAGACGCAUGAAGUUGCUUGCAAUCUGGUUUGCCUACGCUGCUGGCACGAUGGCAGGGUUGAAGGCGGCCCGUCUGCGAAUGCGUUCCGAUUGCUCGGCUACGCCAACUCCUCGCUCUACCCUUGCAGGCGUGCGUGUCUCCUGCAUCCUCCAUUCGCUUCCAGCACGUCGGUUGCACCACCGAGGGAGCGCCCGCAGCUCUUGCAGGGCGAUUCAUCCAACCUUGGGGACCCGGGACCGUCCAAAGGCGCCAGCAAGCUCUCAUCGGGACCAACCCCCGUUGAUCGACCACUGGUGCAUAGCAGAGAAACUACCGAGUACUUUCUUACUGAGUUUUUCACUUGUUGUCCUGCUCGGCCGCACGCCAGGCAUUCCUUGUUUUGCUGGGCAGGUUGGUCCUCGACACCGUUCGAGUCUGGACCCAUUCACCUUGGUGGGGACUGUCGCUCUUCGUGGCACCGUCUCGCUGGCUGGAAGCCAGUCAGUUCAGCUGUAGCCUUCAAAAGCGAAGGUCCCGUCCAAACCUCCGAGGGACAAUAUCGUGACCUCUAUCCGGAGUGUCCCUCUACCUCCUGCGUGAUCUCUUCGGUACGACAAGCAGAUCAUCAAUCCUCUCCAAUAAACUAAUCUUUUUGCUUCGAUAAUGGCAUUUCGAUAUCGUGGGACUUGCCAGGUUCGAGUACUGGAAGAUUUAUUUGAUCUUGUCUCAAACUAAAAGCGACUCUCAGGGUGAUGGACUUGAGGUGAGACCAGCUCGACGCAUGCAUAGUCUUCAGGUACGCCGGCACCCUGCCGUCGACCCAGCAGUCCAAAUGGAGAAUUUGUUUGCAGAGAGAUAAGCAAAGCUGCGGCGUCGAUCCGAAACAUUGCAUGAUCUGUCGCAGAGGAGGGAAAAUUGGGAGGCUUUUCAGCAAGGGCGGGCCCUAGGGCAGAGCCGAGCCUGGUGGCCUUCGCCUUCGCCCUUGGGCCUUGAGACGCCCCCUGUCGCGUUUCGAUUUUACUCGGUAUUGUGCGCCCUCCGUGCCGCUCCAGCGCUUUCCUUCCGCGCUCACCGGCCACCAAUCUUGGACGCUAAUGCUGUUUAUCUGGAAUUUGGAUCUACUCUCCACCGGCCUGCUUCAUGACCUGGGGAAGCCUAGUUCGCCAACGGUCUCUCUUUUGGUGCUACGUCACCGCAUAGUCUGUCGCACUAUUCCAACAGCGUCAUGCACGCAUGGAAAAGAAUUGAACUUGCUGGACUUUGCUUUCAGGGCUUCGCUAAGUCAGAAGCGAGGUCAGCAGCGACACACGGAUCCCCGGGCUUACCCUCUGCAGCUCAACCGGUGUAGCCUUGGUCCCCAGUAUCGAAUGAUGAGUCGUAACUGGACCAGUAGGUCGCAGGAUGCUGGACUCUUCAUUCGCCCUUGCCUUAAGCACCACCACCACUAGGGUUACGCUCGCUAUACUAUUGCGAUGGAGGGAGCCCGUCGAGCGCACAAUGGAGGCCAGAAGGUGAGGAGGGUCCGGACCAUUACGGCAAGGGAGCAGGCACACAACGACACAUUGCUAGAUCAACCACUUAGCAUAUACCCAACGAGUCCCUAGUCAUGCAUCAUGCAGCAAUACACAGCCUGGACAAGGUCAGAUGAUCAGAUGACAGGAAGCUGCGUGAUUUAGUUGCUGCCCACAAAUCCUCCGUCAAGAUAUUUUUGAAUAUGGCUGGGAGACUCAAGCGGCGGGUAGCGCCGUCAAUCACACCGCUUUAUUGGAGAAGAAUCGAGAUGCACUCUCAGGCCCGUCUGGUAUGGUCCUUUACUCUAGCCGUAAUGGCACGCCGGGUACCUCCCAAGUUUAGUCUGGGCAAACCGAAGGGCCAAACCAGAUACACGUUGAUAGUUUAAGAAUCCCGUCACGGAUUUGGUGUCACCCGAGAACCCCUUGGAGCAAACAUUGGACGGGGCAAGGCAGCGGAAAGCAGCCAACCGGACGAGACUCGACUAGGA